ACCCUAAAAAAGAAAGCCUGUCGAGGACAAGGUUAGGACCCCCGUCAGUGAGUAAGUGUGCUGCCGAUACUUCGAGCAUAAUAAUGAACAAUACACAUUACGCGCACUCUCGCACUGGACGCUACCGAUAACACCCAGUCAGGUCCACUAAGGACCUAGAUUUUUGACCAAAAAUACACCGUGCCAUCUGUGUUUUCUCAGUUUGUGUGUGAGUGAAUAAACUUAAUUGUAACCUUGUGUUAAAUUAUCAGUUUAAUCGUUGUUAUAAAACCAACUGUUUUAACAAGAGUGCUAUCAUUUAUUCCGAGUGGAUUGUGGAAGUGACAUCUCCACAAUGGGCUUCCUAGCGGUAAUAUUUGUGUGUCUGCAAGCGGCAUGCGUCCUCGCGGCCCCGAUGCAGGUGCUGCUGCCGACACAGACCCUGGUGCAACCGCAGCAGGUCAUCCAGCAACAGCAACAAGAACUCUUAGGUAAUCAAUAUACACUGCAGGAUAUGCAAAGUAUCUCCGACCAGAACCAACAGAUAUUACAACAACAGCAACAGAUCCAAGGUCCGUUAAUCCUGCAAGAUGUGCAAAGCAUCUCACUACCUCAACAAGUAGUGACAUCGAAUUUGCAGUCACAGCAAUCUAUGCUGCAGGCCCAACAAGCACAGCAGCAAGAAGAGAUUUCGCAACAAGCGCAGCAGAUCUCACAGUUAGCUCAGUCAUUAAAUCAACCCCCACAGCAGUUUUCACACAGGCACCAUAGUCACCAACGGCAACAGCAACAAAACUUUCAACUGCAACAGCAAAACUUGCAACAGCAACAAGAGAACUUGCAGCAGCAACUGAUUCUGCAAAAUCAGCAGCAACAGCCCCAAGUUGUUCUAUCACAGGAGGUUCCACAGCUGUCUCCUUACCAACUACAGCUAUUGCAAAAUAUACAGCUGCAAGGAGCUCCUCAAGUUCUGCCGAUUCAACAACAGCCCUUACCGCUGCAAGCGUCGGCGGCGCUACAAUCAGCUUACAAUCUACAGGCAUUGCAAAAUUUGCAGCAGCAACAACUGAUUAAUCCUCUUGGGUAUAAUUUCCAAGGAUUGCAAGGCUUACAAGGAGUACAAGGAUUGCAAGGAGUACAAGGAUUGCAGGGAUUGCCGUACUAUCCACCAGCAACACCAUUUCAAGGACCCUAUAAUCCCAAUUGGCUACAACAGGUCGUCGUGCCGGUCGCGGGCGAUGCGGUCGCUUCCAUCGCUGGCCAACUCAACGGGGACAAACAAAACACAUCCACUGACCGGGAUUACAUGAAAGACGUUGAAGUUUUCAAACAAUUGAAUGGCAACGAAGAAGUAGACGACGCCAUUAUAAUUGAGGCCCAGCCGUCGUCGCAACAACAACGAGUUUUCUUCGUGAUGCCCAAUCCUAAAGCUAAGUUCAGCAUUGGCCAGUUCAUUCAGAGUCUCCCUUGGUUCCCGUUUGAAGUGAAUGUACCAGAUACCAUUUCUUGGGCAUGGAACGGACUGGGCAACAUUAUUGGAGGAAUAGGGCAAAGGCUUCCAUUCUCACAGAAGCUGCAACAGCAACCGACGACGAUCCAACAACAAACCCAACUGAGGCAAUUGCAACAAUUGCAGGAAAUGCAACAAUUGCAGCAACUGCAACAGUUGCAGAGAAUGCAACAGCUACAAUUGCAGCAGCAGAUAUCUUUGGGUAGAUCUCCGUUGAAUACAAUGCCACUCUUGGCUCCACCUCAAUUAGGACAGAUCUGGCAAUAAACUCUUUAACUGGC